AGGUGCAGGACAGAGGCAUCAGGCGGAGGAUUGUGAUCAUACAGUGUGACCCUCUUCCCCUCCCCACUCCGUGACUUGUGCUGCUGCUUAUACACAGAUGGGUAACCCCCCUCCUCCCCUCCCACUGGUGGUCAUUAGAGAAGGUGGGAUUUUGCAACAUUAUGUCUCUGUCUAAAGUCACAAACUGCUUUCAGCGAUAGCUCCCAGUUACCCCCUUUUUUCCACUUUAUAAUCUGCAGUAAUGUCAACCUCAGGUGGUAAUAGGGAGCAAUGGCAGGGCCUGGAGUCCUUGGGAAUAAGUCAGAAGGAACUUGCUCUGGCAGAGGCUUUGCAAAUGGAAUAUGAUGCUCUUUCACGUCUCCGUCAAGAAAAGAGGCCACCUGGGAGUAAUGAGAGCCACCUUAUUUCUUGGGAUGUAGCCUCCCAGACACCUGCUACUGUCCCUUUACCACCAAGGACCAAACCUCCACCAUCUGAAGAUUACCUGUACAUAUAUGGAGAUGGGUACCAUAGCAAUGGCCGGGGAGAAGAAAGAUGCUCCCCAAAAAAUGUGUCCCCUCCUCCACUGCCUCCACGCACUCACAUUUUGACCCAGCGCAAAGAAUUGCUUCCUGCCAACACAAACAAAAGCUACCAGAGCCGAGAUGUCAAUGUAUACAGCGGAGAUGCUGAAGGGAAGCUUCUCAGGCGUACAAUUUCACAAAUGGAGGAAAAGUAUGAAUUUGAGAGAGAAGGGAGGAGAGGGAGUGGAUUCUCUGACCUUGACUAUGAAAGAAUCAAUGACACGAUCACACACUUAAACUUGACAUCUACCUAUGAUUCUGAAUUACUGCGCCAGGCUGAAGGACACUGGAAGGAGGUGGGCCUGCGGAAAAAGCUAACAGGAAAGCCAGUUUCACGAAGCAACACUCUUCCCCCCCAAGUCCCACCACGCACCUAUGGACAGAAAGUUGGGGGGCCAUCUAAAGGUUUCAGAGGUUCAGUUGGUCCAGACUCUUUUAACCCAAAUCCUCAGCAGAACGGCUGCGACUUGUUUGAAAUGUCAGAGCAGAGGGAUGAAGAGACUGCUGCGUUCUGUCACAUGCUAGACAUCCUGCGCUCUAGACACAGCAUCACAGAUCAGAAACACACUGGAAUUGUCUGGAGUCCUGUCAACUUGAGCCCUGAGCACCUCGGCCAUGGAGUAAGCUUGAAGGUGACAGUGAUAUGUGAUGGGCUGAGAGAUCCUUUGACCUUUACGUGUGAUUGUUCAUCAACUGUUGACUUGCUGAUUUACCAAACGCUUUGCUAUACCAGUGACGAUUUAGAGGACCUUAAUGUGUCUGACUAUCUGCUAAAGCUCUGUGGGUUGGAGGAGUUCCUACAGAAUGAACAAGCCUUGGGAAGCCACGAAUAUAUCCAGCAAUGUAGGAAGUUUGACGUAGAUGUCCGGCUUCAUUUGAUUAAAAAGGAGGCCGUUCGAUGGGAUCUAGCAAGAUCAGCCAGUGACACUCAAAGUCCAUCUACUCUAAACCAUCAUGUGCACCUCCAGGAAAGACCUGUCAAACAGACUGUCACCAGACAGGCUCUAACCCUGCUCUUUGACACUUUCCAUAAUGAAGUGGAGGAGUUUGUUGCAGCUGAGGCAGACUUCCAUCUUCGGGCAGAGCGGGUGGUGCAGUCAGUGAAAGCGAUCUGUAAUGCUCUUGCAGCUGUAGAAACCUUAGAAAUUAGCAAUUCCCUGAACCAACUCCCUCCCUGCCCUUCUCGUGUACAAAUUAAGUCAAGUAAGGACCCCAAUUUUCUAAUGCAGGAAGAAAACAGAGAGAAGGUUGUGGAGGGUCUUACAGCAGCCAUCUUGGAUCUGGUGCAGUUGUAUUGCAGUACAUUCAAUGCCGACUUCCAGACAGUGCUUCACGCAGAGAGAAAACAGAGCCAAACACAGGAUGCCUCGCUCAUAACAAGCCCUCUUGCCUUUACAGUCUAUGCAGCACACCGCGUCCCCAUUUCCUGGGUUGCCAGUUACGAGGAUUUUUAUGUGUCCUGCUCCUUGAGUCAUGGAGGGAAGGAACUUUGCAGUCCCCUGCAAACCCGCAAGAUCCAUGUUUACAAGUACCUCUUCCAUCUCCUUGUGUGGGACCAGAUGAUCUGCUUUCCAGUCCAGAUUAACCACCUGCCUCGGGAGACCCUUCUCACAGUCACUCUUUAUGCAGUUCCUGUUCCUCCUCCAGGGAGUUCUUCUGAAGCCAGCAAGCAGAGGAGAAAUCCAGAGGCUCUGGGUUGGGUCACCACACCCCUCUUUGACUUCAGACAACUUUUAACCUGUGGUCGGCGUUUAUUUGGAUUGUGGCCAACUACAAAGCAUGGCAGUACCAACUUCAGCACACCAAAUGUGAACCAACCCGAUAGCAUCAUUCUGCAGAUUGAUUUUCCCACCUCUGCUUUUAAUGUAAAAUUCACAAAACCAGAAAUCGAGGCUUUAAGUCCCAAAUACGAGUUUUCCAGUCUGAGUGAGGAAGACCGUUCCAAACUUCAAGAAGCUAUGCAAAAGGAGUCUUUGUACUGGCUGACAGAACAAGAUAAGAAGCGCUUAUGGGAGAAGCGGUAUUACUGCCACUCUGAGGUCAGCUCCCUGCCUUUGUUACUGGCAAGUGCCCCUAGUUGGGAAUGGGCCUGUCUGCCCGAUAUUUAUGCCCUGCUGGGCCAGUGGACGCACAUGAAACAUCAGGAUGCCCUGGGGUUACUUCAUGCUACAUUCCCUGAUCAGGAUGUUCGGCGUACAGCAGUCCAGUGGAUCGAUUCCAUAUCUGACAGUGAACUCCUGGAUUAUCUUCCACAGCUUGUGCAGGCUCUGAAAUAUGAGUGUUAUCUGGACAGUCCGCUUGUCCGGUUCCUUCUCAAACGAGCUAUCUGUGACUUGAGAAUCACGCAUUAUUUUUUCUGGUUAUUGAAAGACUGCUUAAAAGAUUCACAGUUCAGUAUUCGCUACCAGUAUCUACUGGCUGCUCUUCUUUGCUGUUGCGGGAAAGGACUGCGGGAGGAGUUUGACCGUCAGUGUGGGCUUGUAAAUACCUUAACUAAGCUUGCUCAAAAAGUCAGAGAAGGUGCUCCCUCCUCCAGAUCGGAUAUUCUCAGGAAUGGUUUAGAAGAUGUCAAGCAGUUUUUCAACAUCAGUGGCUCCUGUCGCCUACCGCUGAGCCCCAGCCUCCUUGUGAAAGGGAUUGUGCCACAGGAUUGCUCACACUUCAACUCAAAUGCUGUGCCACUCAAACUCACCUUCCAGAAUGUGGAUCCACUGGGGGAGAAUAUCCGCAUUAUAUUUAAGUGUGGGGAUGACCUCAGACAGGACAUGUUGACUUUGCAGAUGAUACGCAUCAUGAAUAAGAUCUGGAUACAGGAAGGACUUGACAUGCGCAUGGUGAUCUUCCGCUGCUUCUCUACAGGCCGUGGGCGAGGGAUGGUGGAGAUGAUUCCAACAGCUGAGACCUUGAGAAAGAUUCAAGUGGAGCAUGGGGUCACCGGCUCGUUUAAAGACCGCCCACUGGCAGAAUGGCUAAAAAAGCACAAUCCCACGGAGGAUGAGUAUGAUAAGGCAGUGGAAAAUUUCAUUUAUUCAUGUGCUGGGUGCUGUGUAGCAACAUAUGUCCUAGGUAUCUGCGAUCGACAUAAUGACAACAUCAUGCUUAAGACCAGUGGACACAUGUUUCACAUCGACUUUGGGCGAUUCCUGGGCCAUGCACAGAUGUUUGGAAACAUAAAACGCGACCGGGCCCCCUUUGUGUUCACAUCAGACAUGGCAUAUGUCAUUAACGGCGGAGACAAAACUUCAAGCCGCUUCCAUGACUUUGUGGAUCUCUGCUGCCAGGCGUACAAUCUCAUCCGAAAGCAUACCCACCUCUUCCUUAAUCUACUGGGACUGAUGUUGUCCUGUGGGAUUCCAGAGCUCUCAGACUUGCAGGAUCUGAAAUAUGUGUACGAUGCAUUGCGUCCUCAGGAUUCAGAGUCCGAUGCCACUACCUACUUCACAAGACUUAUUGAGUCCAGUCUUGGUUCGGUGGCUACCAAACUGAAUUUUUUCUUUCACAACCUGGCACAGCUGAAGUUUAGCAGCUCAGAUGAGCGACUGGUGCUCUCCUUUGCCCCACGAACGUACACAAUAAAGACAGAUGGUAGGAUCUGUGAUGUGUUCCUGACAAGAUACAAGAAAAUCUUCACUCCCAACAAAGGAUAUGUUUUUGUCAUUAGGGUGGUGAGAGAAAGCCCACAAGAGACCUCCCACAUUCAAAGAUCUUUUGAAGAGUUCCAAGAAUUGCACACCAAGCUUAGGCUUCUCUUCCCAUCAUCACAGCUCCCCAGUUUUCCUAGCCGCUUUGUGAUUGGUCGGUCACGUGGAGAGGCAGCAGCAGAGCGCAGAAAGGAAGAGUUGAAUGGUUACAUCUGGCACUUGAUCCAUGCAACCCCUGAGGUGGCAGAGUGUGAUUUGGUUUAUACCUUCUUCCAUCCACUUCCUCGUGAUGAGAAAAACAUUGGUAAUGCUGCAGCUCAGAGGCCUUCAGAUGCAACUUGGUCUGUACCGGUUGGUACAGUUGGAGGAGAGGUUAAACUCUCCAUAUCAUACAAGAAUGACAAGCUGUUUAUUAUGGUUAUGCACAUCCGUGGUCUGCCUCUUCAGGAUAACAAUGAGCCGAAUCCUUAUGUUAAGAUUUACCUCUUGCCGGACCCACAGAAGACCACCAAGAGGAAGACUAAAGUAGCUCGAAAAACUUGCAACCCAACAUACAAUGAAAUGUUGGUUUACGAUGGGAUUCCUAAAGGUGACCUCCAACGACGUGAGAUUCAUCUUUCUGUACUGAGUGAGGUGGGGUUCUGGGAAAAUAUACUGCUUGGGGAAGUCAGCAUCAAGCUGCGAGACCUGGACCUCACCCGAGCAAAGGUCUGCUGGUUUCAGCUGGGUUUUGCCAGCCAGGCAGCUGUCUAAUUGCAAUCUGUAACUUAUCAUAAAAAUAAGCGUGUGUCACCAAUCGGUGACGGCUUCACAACACCUUGUUUUAGUUUUAAAUAAGGCGAUUCAGAAACAAGCUCAAGGAGUUUUUAUUUUAAUUGACAGCUAAUAUGAGUAUUUUCUUUUUAAAAGGGAAUUAGAAACACUGCAAAUACAGACUUCCUUCUAGAGAAGGGUUUUGGAGAAAGACUGGAAUUAUUUAGUUUAAGUUUACCUUGUGUCAAGGGAACCAGAUUAGGAGAUGAUGGGCUGUGGAAAUAUAUGUGGGGCAGUUUUGGUUCAGAGGAAAUUAUGGGAGUCUUGUAGUAGAUUGGUAUACCAGUUUUUUUUUAUUUUUUAAUAAAAAUUAAAUAUCCAAGAGGUAAUUAUUAGGGUGGAUGAAGUAAUUCAAUUAAAAGAAUUAAAUUAACAGUUGAUUUAAAAAAAAAGCCAGAACAAUUUAAUUAACAAUGAUUUAACAUUUGAAUGUAGAUUACAGGAGUAUGACGGGUGUACAUGUUUUUCAUUUUCCUCUCCAUAUUUUGUUCAUAUUUAUUUAAUGACAAAGAAUCGAAUUUUAAUGACUCCCUUGCACAUCUGUCUUCCUUGUAAUCAAACACUUAUUUGUAACUAAUAGAAGUAAAAAGAGAGCGCCUGUAGACAGUAUCAAGUAACCCAGUAUCAUUGAAAAAAAAAUAGUAAGAGCAGGAGCUAAACUAGAAGGCUCUGAGAAAUGUUAUAUUUGUUUUACUAUUAAAACGCAAACAGUGAUGUUUUUGUUAUUUUUUUUUUAAUAUAAUCUUGUUCCCUGUAGAUGAUAGAGGGAAUAAUUAUUUUCAGAUAUGUCUGAACUCCUAUGAUUUAUAUCUGUAGGUGCUAAACAAUAAAUGUGAUUGUGGGAUAGAGGGUCAUCAAAUCACAAUUUACCUUAACUUUUUUGUGGUGAUGACUCUUCCGGUUGAUCAAUGAAGCUUUAUAAGCUGACAUAAUAUUGCAGAUGUAUUUCCACCUAAAUACGUAAAUAUUCCUCAAUCCCCCCAUUAAAAAUAAAUGUAUAGUGUACAAAUAAACAUAGGGCACGUAGAAUGUUUCCAUAGAGUGAUAUCCUAUGUGCACACUCCUGCAUGAUGCCAAGAAAUAAGGAAUUUCAUGGACUACGUCCUCACCUGUUUGUCAAUAUUUUCUAAUUGAGGCAUGAAUAAGGAUAGAUAAUCCUAAUCUAUUCUUUGAAACAAUGUGCAGUGCAUUUCCAGCAUGUUUUAUUCACCAAAGUACGGUGGAGCCUGAGGGAGGGAUAUCUGUGAUUCUCCAAAGGUUAGAGAUGAGGCUCACAUACUGUUCCACUGUACAAUUUAAACAAAUUGCUUCCCAAGGAGAGCUGGUUUUAACGAGGGCAGUAAUUCAUCUGCCCCUGCCUAAUACUGACCACAAAUGUUAUGUCUUUUGGAAUGUGUAUGUGCUGAAUAAAUUACUUGAUCUGUU